AUGCCGACUAAAAAGCUGGAGAAGCUGUCCCUGCAACCCGUCAAGCCGGACAUCGCCAAGCUGAUGGAGUGGUGGGUUGGGCAGCUCCGCACCAACCUCGUCAAUUUCAACCAGAUCGUCAUACCUGGGCUGGACAAAUACGGCUUGACGCUGAGUGAGGACAUCAUGUCCAUUCAAGCCGAACUGCAGCGCAAAGACGGGAAGAGGCUUCAAAUCCGGGCUCGCACCGAAGACAUCGUUUUGCAAGCACCUGGCGAUAAGACAUCUUUCUUGAUUUGGUACGGGAAUCACGGUGAACCGCAUGAGAAUCAGGAAGCCCCGAAAUUU